AGCCGAAGAUGUCGGCUCGGUCAUGUGAUCAGCUGUGUCCAAUCACAGCUGAUCACAUGAGACAUGUACACUGAUCAUCAGGGCACUGAUGAUCAGUGUGCCCUGAUCAGUGUGGCCCCAGAAGUGCCACCUGUCAGUGCUCAGUGCCCAUCAGUGCACAUCAAUGCCACAUAUCAGUGCCCAUGUGAGCUGACUUUCAAUGUCACCUAUCAGUGCCACCCUAUCAGUGCCACCUAUCAGUGCCACCUAUCAGUGCCACCUAUCAGUGCCACCUAUCAGUGCCACCUAUCAGUGCCACCUAUCAGUGCCACCUAUCAGUGCCACCUAUCAGUGCCAAUGUCGCCUACCAGU